AUGCCAAUGACGUGGUAAAAUGUGUCUACUUGUGAGCACUGUUGGGAAAAGGUCCAGUGCUAACAGGAACCCUUGCGAUUCCCUUACCCCAUUUAAGUAGACAUUUAAAAUGGCUACGGCAAGGGUUAAGGAUAGGGUAAGAGUAGGGGUUAAGGUUGGGGUUGUCGGUAGGUACAUCCCAAUGAUUCCGGGUAGCACUGACUGUGUCAGGAAUCCAUGUGCAACGUUGCGUUUUUCUCUCGCGCAUUGACGUUUGAAGCGCGUAGUUACCGUGGGAAAUAGCCCAAUAGGCUGAAGUCUCCCGCCAAUGUGUGUUAUUCAUGAGACGCAGGAGGCACGUGGUGUGUGGGAGUUGGAGAGCUUCGGAAAAUGGUCGACCACUGAAUUUUACUGUUUCAAAGUGAAACCAUUUCGCCCGUUGCUCCAGGCUCAUUCCUCAGAGAUGGAUCAUCACAGUGGGUCAGGGCUGACUCACUCAGCACUUGAGUUAUAAGCCUCCAGAACACACGGAAGAAAACCAGUAGAGUAAAGUUUUGGGAGAGUAACAGAUAACGAUGAACGACAAAAACAUUUUUUCCUAACUAAUGUUUAAUAAGUAUAUAUUUUUUUACAAGUAAUUAAGACAAGAGCGUCCUGCAAAGUGUGUUACGGACUUCAUAUUUGCUUGCUUUUCGUAACGGUUACAGCAGUUUUUCCAUCAUAGAAGUUUUUGCGAGAUGGGUUACCUUCUGCAGCUGACGGUGCUCACGGUGCUGGUGCUGUGCGUAAUGACCGGAGUGAUGGACAGGAGGAUGGAGGCGACUGAAGCAACGGCAUACCUGAAGAGGUAUGGUUAUCUGCACACUUCACUGGAUCCUCAGAACAAGGGCAUCCAGACAGAAGAUAUCAUUGAGGCGCUCAGGGUCUUCCAGAGAGUGACAGGCCUGCCUGUCAAUGGAGUAAUUGACAAGGCCACCCUAGAGAUGAUGAGACAGCCUCGCUGUGGCAUAGAGGACACCUUCAACCAGAAAACCCUAAAAUACAGAGUGCUGGGUUACUGGCGCAAGAGAAACCUGACCUGGCGAAUCUACAACUACACUCCAGACAUGCCAAAGAGUGAGACAAAGAGGGCGAUCCGCUCUGCCUUUAAGUACUGGAGCGACGUGGCUCCCCUGAGCUUCCGCGAGGUUGAGUAUGGACGAGCCGACAUCAGGAUCUCAUUCCAUGCGAAAGAUGCCACUUGUGCCGUGCCUUUUGAUGGACGGGGUCACGUGCUGGCCCAUGCUGAACCCCCAGAGUCAGGCAUUGUUCAUUUUGACGAGGAUGAGUUUUGGACAGAGGGCAAGUUCUAUGGCAUUAACCUGCGUAUCAUCGCUGCCCAUGAGAUAGGCCACGCCUUGGGCUUGGGCCACUCCCAGUACAGAAGUGCUCUCAUGGCCCCUCUCUACACCGGUUACCGUAACAACUUCCGUCUGCAUUUUGAUGACGUGAAAGGCAUCCAGGCUAUGUAUGGUAAACGUGAUACAAGUGUUACAAUUGAGCCCACGGUGGCACUCCCCACAUACAGCCCCCCUGGUGCUAAGGGAGACAUCCCAGACCCCUGCACUGCCAAGCUGGAUGCCAUCAUGCUGGGUCCAUGGAGGAAGACAUUUGCCUUCAGUGGUGAUUAUGUGUGGACGGUGUCUGACAUGGGACACAAUGCACCCAUGAAGAUCGACCGGCUGUGGACGGGACUGCCUGGGAACCUGAACGCAGCCGUUUACUCUCAGAGAACAAACAAGACAUACUUUUUUAAAGGUGAUAAAGUGUGGAGAUACACCAGUUUUCUCCUGGACUACGGGUACCCCAAAGAGCUCAAACGCAUCCCACCUAAUAUUGAUGCCGCUUUGUACUUAGAGAAGAAUAAGAAGCUGGUCUUUUUCAAGGGUACAGGGUACUGGCAGUGGGAUGAGCUGCGCCACAGUAACCUCAACGUGUACCCUAAACCCCUCUCUAAACUCUUCACUGGGGUGCCCUCCAACCCUGAUGCUGCCUUUACCUGGACCAACGGAAACAUCUUCUUCUUCAAGGGAGACAAGUACUGGCGUGUGAACGGUCUACUGAGUGUAGACAAAGGCUACCCGCUCAGCAUGAGUGAACGCUGGAUGCGCUGCUAGGAGCAAGACACUAGAGGGCAGCAGACACCAUAAACCUCAAUACGUUGCUGGUGAGAUGUGUUCACAAUUAACGGUUCAGGGAACCACACAACAACAACAACCACAACCACUCUGUGAUAACAUUGUGUUCACACUGUGAAACCAAUAUAAUAACAUAUUUCCAUGUACCAGUAGAUGUCAAGGUACAUAAAACUGAAAUGUUUACGUCAAACGAAUUCUUCGAAACGUGAGAUAGAAUCUUUAUCAACGUAAGUAGUGGGAAAGCCAUUUGAAGUAAGACAUAUGUGCUUAUAUAAGGUUGAGUAUUGAGUGUCAUAUCGUUAUGGCCUACUAGUUCUCUGUCUCCAUGUAACGCAGGCAGGACCUCAACCCAAACAUGUUAGACUAAGUUCUGAGGGAGUGUGUGGAAAGGCUGUUUGUUAUGCUCUCUGGGUGCCUUCCAGGGGGGCCCUUCCUAUCCCUCACAACAGAUGUGCAUGGGAUUAUUCAGUUGUUGUUUGCCCUCUUUUCAGUAUGUGUACUGAUUUCAAUGGUGUUCACCCAGCACUUUGAAACUUCAUUUUCUUUUGACGUUUGGCUUGUGGACGGGUCUGAAAAAGUAUUUGUGAGUUUUUUGUCGCCAUGUUAUGCAUUUAUAGGGCCUUCCCACAUUUUAAUUUUUACAUUUUUUUAUUUUACCUUUAUUUUUUUAUUUUACUAGGCAAGUCAGUUAAGAACAAAUUCUUAUUUUCAAUGACGUCCUAGGAACAGUGGGUUAACUGCCUGUUCAGUGGCAGAACGACAGAUUUUUACCUUGUCAGCUCAGGGAUUUGAACUUGCAACCUUCCGGUUACUAGUCCAACGCUCUAACCACUAGGCUACCCUGCCGCCACAUAAAGAGAAGCCUAAUUAUUAUUAUAUGCCAUUUAGCAGACGCUUUUAUCCAAAGCGACUUACAGUCAUGUGUGCAUACAUUCUACGUAUGGGUGGUCCCGGGGAUUGAACCCACUACCCUGGCGUUACAAGCGCCAUGCUCUACCAACUGAGCUACAGAAGGACCAUUGAGUAACAAAUAGAGUACUGACUUUUCAGGUACAGCUGCCUUUUCUACUGCCACUUCUGCAGGUGUCUCACUGAUUUCCUCCUCUUUAGGAUUGUCCUCCAACUCUAAUAUCAUUGGUGUUGCGUCAGACUUCCAAGGUCAACACCAGCUUUCACAUCACGAUGUCUACAUUUUAUAACUGGCUUAUAAUUGUGUACUGAUGUUUCUGUUGAACCUCAUCAUGUUUAUUGAUGUUUUUAUAGUCAUGUGACUCCUACAAGCUAAAGGGAAUUCACAGUGUGUAGGCCUACAGUACCAUUUGGAAAUGUUUAUAUAUGUGUGCAGUGAUUUUUAUUUAGCUGUUAAUUCAUCCAAGAUGUAGUUGUACAAAUGAGUAAUGACAGUCAACAAUAAAACCAUUUCAACAGUC